AUGGCGCCUCCUCCGUCCUCUUACCGUCCGCGGAAGAAGAGAAAGCUUCCCUCGUCUUUCGCCGGCUCUAACAAUUCCCUCAUUGUUGACGUUGGAGGGAAGGCCUCCCCAGCUUUCCCAUUGGUGUCUUUUCUCUGGUCUGCUCGCGCUGGUGUCUCACAAUGGCUCGUACUACCCUUGAUAUUGAUGGCAGUGGGUUUGUUUCGCUGGGCUGUCAGUUUGUGGGGAUAUUCUGGCUUCGGAGUACCCCCUAUGCAUGGUGACUUUGAAGCACAGAGGCAUUGGAUGGAGAUCACGACUCAUCUACCCAUUUCAAAAUGGUACUUGUACGAUCUGCAAUACUGGGGGUUGGACUACCCGCCGUUGACUGCAUACCACAGCUGGUUGCUUGGAAAACUUGGUUCUCUCUUUGACCCCGCAUGGUUUGCCCUGGACCAAUCCCGUGGCAUAGAAGAUCCCUUGUUGAAGGUGUUCAUGCGCGGAACUGUGAUUGCUUCGGAAUACCUUGUCUACAUCCCGGCCGUCGUUACCUUCCUGCGCCGCUUCACCCGCAUGCAGAGCGUUCCGGUUUGGUCUGCUUCAAUUGCCCUCACUGCGAUCCUCCUACAGCCGGCGACUAUUCUCAUUGACCACGGUCAUUUCCAAUAUAACACGGUGAUGCUGGGACUGGUUGUUGCGAGCUUGGAUGCCAUUCUGGCUGGACGCAUGCUAUGGGCCUGCAUCUUCUUCGUGGGUGCUCUGGGUUUCAAGCAGAUGGCCCUGUACUAUGCUCCGGUUAUGUUCGCCUUCCUUCUUGGUGUCUGCAUCUUUCCCAAGAUCCGGUUCCUCCGUCUCAUCUCCAUUUCUCUUGUCACCCUUGUUGCAUUUGCUGUCCUGCUUGCUCCAAUGCUCAUUGGAGCGAUUGUCAUCUUCCAGCUGACUCAAAUUAUCCACCGCGUCUUCCCCUUUGCUCGUGGUCUGUUCGAGGACAAGGUCGCGAAUGCGUGGUGUGCCAUCCAUACGUUCUACAAACUCCACCGAUUCGAGGCCACUCUGCUCCAGCGCAUGUCCCUUGGAGCGACGCUGGCAUCCAUUGCCGUCCCGUGCGCCAUCAUCUUCCGUCACCCGCGCGCCUCGCUACUCCUCCCAGCCUUGUCAAGUGUAGCGUGGGGCUUCUUCUUGUUCUCGUUCCAGGUGCAUGAGAAGAGCGUUCUCCUUCCCUUGCUCCCCAUGACUCUUCUCCUGGCUGGAGAUGGCGGCCUAAGUAAAGAGACCCGGGCUUGGGUGGGCUGGGCCAAUAUGCUUGGCUCGUGGACCAUGUAUCCUCUCCUGCAGCGUGACGAACUUCGAAUCCCCUACUUCGUCUUGACUCUGCUUUGGGCCUACCUAUUGGGGCUCCCUCCAACGUCGCUGGGAACAUUCCGCCGCCGCGCCUCCUUGGAGGACACCACCUCCGGUGCCGAGCUUCAUGUGCUGACCAAGCUUUUGCAUGCCUGCUUUUACCUUGCUAUGAUCGCAUGGCAUGUCCUGGAAGCCUUCGUGGCGCCCCCUCCUGGCAAGCCGGAUCUGUGGGUGGUGCUGAAUGCCCUCAUCGGUGCUGGAGGAUUUGGAAUUGCGUAUCUGUGGUGUUUCUGGAAGCUGAUCCAGCAGUGCCGCAAAAUCGACCAAAAGGCAGCCGAGGAGACGGAGAAGAAGAACCAGUGA